UGUCUAAUUUCAUGUUCCUCGGUGAGCGACAUCGAACUACCUGGCGAAUCGGCAACUUCUUCUGUGUCAGUCUGCUGAUGAACACUACUCAACCGACUCUACCGCUCCAGCGAACCUUCAAUGUCAAAAUGAUAAUUUCGAUCGCAUCGCAUCUGUCCGCUCAGUAUGCCUCCCAUUUCAGUCAGCCGCUGGACGCACCAGUUAUGACGCAGUCAUUCCCUCCGUAUCGCAGCUUGUUCCCCUUCCUGACAACAGUACAUCCUGCUCUCCCCGCGCUAUUUGCGGUGAUAGUGAUCAUCGAGCCCACAGUCCUGAAACUUGGAAUGCAGCACGACACCUCUCACAUGACACUGAUGGUUUGCGGAUUUACUAUCAGAACGCGAGAGGGCUUAAGACGAAAAUUGAUGACGUGUAUUUAGCUCCUGUGGACGGUGACUACGAUGUUUGCGUCUUCACCGAAACAUGGCUCGAUGCGCGUAUAACAUCAGUGCAGCUUUUCGGCGAUGCUUACACCGUAUACCGUGCGGACCGAAAUAGUGGCAACAGUAUUCGCGGACGUGGAGGAGGAGUUUUGAUUGCUGUUUCCACCGCAUUUGCCUCAUGUGAGAUUGAUGUAGGUAGUUUAACCAGUGUUGAGGCUGUUUGGGUUAGAAUUACAACUCCAUCGAGGAACUUUUAUAUUGGUGCUGUCUAUAUUCCUCCUGAAAAGCGACUCGACUGCAAUAUCAUGCAACUUCACAUGGAUGCUGUGAAUAACGCUUCUUCACAAGCUGGCGCGGAUGGCGUGAUGAUUGUCCUUGGUGAUUUCAAUCAGCCAGGACUCAUUUGGGUGCCGUCACGACACGGAUACGCUUACCCGGACCCGAUUGCUUC